UCCACAUCAAUUGUGCUUAAAAUCUAGCGUUAAGGAGUAGCGAUGGAAAAUUAUAUUUAUAUAUCGGAGGCUAUUUUAGUUUCUUCGUUCACACGGUUUUGUAGACGGUAAAACAGUCUGGUUUCGAAGUGAAUGCCGUAAGAAGACGAGCCGAUUUCCAGCGGAAAAACCGACUGCCGAGGGCGAUGAGAAACGGUCCAGAAUUCCGAGAUGAAUCAUCGUCGGUGAGAUGGAAAGGAAACGGUCGGUCAGGAGGCAGAAGAGGUACGAGAGGUCGUUCUGGAAGAGAUGCAAGGAAUUCUGCAGGUCGCUGAUCGCGUUUCUCUUCAGCAACGUCGGUAUUAUCGGCCUGGUGAUAGGCUACACCAUGGGAGGCGCCCUGAUGUUCAGGGCGCUGGAGAAGGACUACCAUCUCCAGGUGAAGACUGACGUGUCCAACGCGGAGAAGGCUAUAGUGGUCGAAAUUUGGAACCAAACCCUCUCAAUGAACCCCUUCACGGAGGAGGAGUACAGGAAGAUGCUGGAGACUGAACUGAUGAAGUUUCAGAAGAGUAUAGUGCUCUCUGUACGAAGGGGGUACGAUGGUUCGAAGUUGUCCUACUCAGAGCAGUGGAGCAUAGCUGGCGCCUUCCUGUACUCCCUCACUGUCAUCACCACCAUUGGAUACGGUAAUAUCACACCUCACACUAUGGGAGGCCAGAUAAUGACUAUAUUUUAUGCCAUCAUCGGCAUGCCGUUGUUCCUGCUGUACCUCUCCAACAUAGGCGACAUAAUGGCGAAGUCAUUCAAGUGGAUUUAUGCCAACGUAUGUUUAUGCAGAUGGUGUCCAGGUGUAGCUUCCAGGAGGGCUGAGAGAAAGAGGAGGGCCGAUAGGAUGAUAUAUUAUUCUUAUGAGGAGGAAGGCUCAUGCAGUACCGAUCAGGAUAUGCAAAUGGAAGACGCGAAGUCUCAAAGGGCGGUUUCCAGAGAGCAGAGCGAAACGACCGAAACAGAAGACGAUGAAGAAAGCGAAACGUCCUCAGACGUGCAAUCUGUUACCGUUCCCAUAACUGUUUGUUUGAUGAUCAUGGUGGGCUACAUCUGCUUCGGAGGUUUCCUGUUCUGUAAGUGGGAGGAUUGGAAGUUUCUGGAAGCGGCCUAUUUCUGCUUCAUAUCCCUCAGUACCAUUGGUUUCGGGGACCUGGUGCCGGGUGACAAGAUAAUAGGACACAGCGAUGUGGACGAGGUGCUCGUCGACGAGGUCUUCGAGCUGCGUUUCGUCUUCUGCGCAGCCUAUCUGAUGCUCGGCAUGGCCCUCAUAGCGAUGUGCUUCAAUUUGAUGCAGGAGGAAGUCAUCCACAAAAUACGAACGGCGGUCAGAACAUUCAAAUACAUAUUUCGCUGUAACAGGUAAAGAAUGCCCCCGAUGGCCCUUGAAGCAUGAAGCCUAUUCAACAUUUCUUCCUGGUAUCGGGCGUCUGACGAAGUUACCGCCCGACCGGGCGGAUUAUGCGUCAUGAUAACUGGCAGAUCGGCAUGAAAAAUGGACGAAAGAAAUGGGGAGGACGGAGGGCGCUCCUAAUUGAAGAGGUUUCAAUAAAAAACGGGAAGAAGCGAGUGCGGGAACUCUGGAAGGACGGGGGGAUUCGGACAAGGAGGGGGAUGAUGUAAUAUAUCAUUUUUAUAAUGACUGGAGAUUUGGUUUUUGUUAUUUUCUACGUAAUAGAUGUUUAUUAGUA